AUGAUGACAAUUUUAACACUCAUUUUGUUGAUAUUACUAUCAUCUUUCCAUAGUAAAAAUCUUUUUUUCUCAGUUACUUAUGCUGCUUCAUCAUGUUAUGCAUGUAAUCCUUGUGGAACAACAUGGAAUCCAGCAGUAGCUACAAUAGUCCGAACAACAAGUCCUAAUGAUUAUUGUCGUAAAACCAUAACUGGAAGUCUUGUCGUUAAAGAUUCUACAUCAAUAUGUAAUUCAGUAAAUGUUCUUAAUAAUGGUGUUUAUUGUUGUCAAAUAGAUUAUUGUAAUACAGCAAAUAAAUAUUCAUUAAAAAUGAUUAAUCUUGGAUUUUUAAUAAUUUUUAUAAGGACAAUUUAUUAA